ACGUGUGUCACAACAAACACGGACGUCAUUUUUGACGGACAACAGCUGCUUGGGCUAGUUGUGUAGCUAUACCCGAGGACAAUUUGUUAAAAUUUUGGGUUUUGAAUCGAUUGUCAUUCGGACCCUUGUGGCUGGAGGGUCUUGUCAGACGAAUAAAUGUCUGAUACAUCAGAACAUACCAAAAGAGAAGACAAGGAGGCGGUUACCCCUGAAACAGAGGAGCAAUCUGAUGACAGCAGUGAAGAAGCUGGAGAAGACGCAGACAUGGACUUCCUGCGGCACCUCUUCUCCAGCACUCUUGGUUUAGGUUCAGCAGAAAAAGUUCUGGAUGAACUGACUCUGGAAGGAGUAGCCCGAUACAUCCUGAGUGGCAAAUGUAAAAACAUCAUCUGCAUGGUGGGAGCAGGAAUAUCCACAUCGGCUGGGAUUCCUGAUUUCCGCUCUCCAGGAACAGGCCUAUAUGCAAACCUGCAGAAAUACAACCUACCCUACCCAGAGGCCAUCUUCCAGAUAGAUUAUUUUAAGAAACACCCUGAGCCAUUCUUCGCAUUAGCCAAGGAACUUUAUCCAGGACAGUUUAAGCCAACAAUCUGUCACUAUUUCAUAAAGCUGCUGAAGGACAAGGGGCUUCUGAGACGCUGCUACUCACAGAAUAUUGACACUCUGGAGCGUGUGGCCGGGCUGGAAGGAGAUGAUUUAAUUGAAGCUCAUGGAACGUUCUACACAUCUCACUGUGUUAGUUUCUGUUGCAAAACAGGGUAUAGCCUGGACUGGAUGAAAGAGAAGCUCUUUUCUGAUGACAUCCCAAAGUGUGACAAGUGCAACAGUCUGGUCAAACCAGAUAUUGUCUUUUUUGGAGAGAGCCUUCCUGUCCGGUUCUUUACUUCAGUGAAGACGGACUUUCCUUGUUGUGAUCUCCUCAUUAUUAUGGGAACAUCUCUGCAGGUUCAGCCGUUUGCAGGUCUAGUCAGCAGAGUUUCAAAAAGCUGUCCCCGACUGCUCAUCAACAUGGAGAAAGCAGGACAGGCCGACCCUGUAUUUGGGUUACUCGGUUUUGGAGGAGGGAUGGACUUUGACUCAGAAAAGUCCUACAGAGACGUGGCCCACAUCAGUACGUGUGAUGACGGCUGUUUGGCUCUCGCUGACUUGCUGGGAUGGAAAGUGGAGCUGGAGGACAUGGUGAAGAGGGAGCACGCUAGGAUUGACAGUCAGGACAAGAAAGAUGAGGCCAGUGAGAGUAAAGGCUCUGCAGCCAAAGCAGCUUCUGCAUCCAGUGAGAGUAAAGGUUCUGCAUCUGUGGCGCCAGAGCCUAAAAAAGAAGAGUAAUACAAUUAGAAAUCUCAGUUUUUAAGAAAAAAAAUCAAGCAAACAAAACCCUGUUGUGAUAUCGGAGACGUUUUCACCUCUUUGUUUGGAAAGGAGAUGAUUUUUUUGCUCCGACAGACGACAGCUUCUUUUUCCAUCUGUGGACAGUUAUUACUUUUGAACAAAUAUUCACAGGACUUCUGAUUUCCUCUGCUAUUAUGCUUCUGUUUAAAUGAAUUUUGCACUUUAAUUGCAUUUAUUAGAUUAAUUUUUUUUAUUUUAUUUGUUUGUAUUUGUCUCAGUUUGCUUUUUCUGGGAAGGUCCAUGCAUGAGCAGGCUCGAAUUUUAAUAGACUGCAGCAUCGUAUAACAGGAAAAUUUAUAUGCACAGCACAUUUUAGAGAGCUUUUGCAAUGCAAUAAAAUAUUCAUUAUGAAACACAACAGCCUGACAUUAAGACACAGCCUAGAAAUUUCUAUCUUUAUGCAAAAAUGUCAUCAAAAUAAUCCUGCUUUUACAAAAGACUUGAUGUUUCACAUUUGCCAAAACCAAACAGUGAGAUAUCACCUCUGUUGUAUUGAAGGCAAUCUUGAAUACGUUGUCCAUAUCUGUUUUUAACUCUUCUGACAGUGAUUUGGAAUGACACCUGAAGAAGUGCAUUUUUGUUUUGUUUUUCAAAUUUAAAUUAGAAUACUAACUUAAAUAUAAGCCCUUUGUAGUAACCGACUGUGGUAUAAAUAACGAUGACAUAACAGACAAAAAAAUGCACCUGUUUUUGCUGUUUAUCUGUAAACAUCUUAUCAAGCAUAUCACUAUUUUAGUUUUAACUGAGAAGGUGAAAUCUAAUAUGAACAGAAAUAUUUACUGAAUCUGUUUGACCAUACAGCCCUCAGAUUUAUUCUGCUCAGAUCUUAAAACAAGUUAAAGUCCAUUUUUAUAUCACAAAACACUAAUCUUUCUAUUUGGGUUUUUUUUAUUAUUAUUAUUCCUUGUCAGGUUUUUUUGGUUGGUUGGUUGGUUGGUCGGUCGGUCGGUCUGUUGGUCUGUUCUUCCCCCGUCCUCAGUCUAUAUAACAUUGUGUGGAGCAGGUAGCUCAGUGGGAUAAGGAGUUGGGAUACCUGUACAUAGACCUGAGUUUGAGUCCCGGUCACGCUACUUGUCUGUGUCCUUGAACAAGACACUUUAUCUGCAUUGUCUCAGUCCACACAGUUGUAAAUGGGUAUUGACCUUGGAUGGGGAAGUAAUCUGUGAUGGACUGGUGUCCUGACAAGGGAUGAGUAGAUUCUCAUCUGCUUCAUGCUCUUGAAUCCAGGGAUGAUGUCCGGCCCCACUGGUCCUGAGAACCUGUGUAAAAGUUAAGUCAGUGUCCCAUCGCUGAUUUUUGAUACCCGAUUGCAUACAUUUUUAGUGGCAAAAAAAAAUUUAUGUGGGAAAUAAAGCAUUAAAAAACUUUGUGCGCAAUCGGGAAUGUUUUCAACGUUUAGUGGCGUCAGGAUAAAUUGUGAUCCACAAAAAGUGAAUAGUCUGAUUUAACUAGUGCAGAUCAGGUGUAACCUUGUGUUAAAGUGGACAAGCGGUAAGUGGGAGGUACCAUUGUCUGAUCCUACUCUGCAAUAUGAGACCCAUCAAAAGUAUGUUGCAUUCUUCAAAAGAACAUGUUUUGAGAUGUCAACAGAAACAUUUUAACUUUUCGGAGAAGUGUGGGGAAACCGUGGAAGUAGCAUUUUGCGCAUGUG